CCCUUGCUCCGCUCCUCCCCGCCGCCACCGCCUCCUCCUCUGGAGCAGCGCAGGAGCCGUGCCUCGUCUUUCACGGAGAGGAGAUCCCCAAAGCCGGAGUAAGCGCUAAACCUCAUACAGCUAUGGCAGAAAACAACGGCUUAGAAAACCAUCGCAUCAAGAGCUUUAAAAACAAGGGACGAGAUGUCGAGACUAUGCGAAGACAUCGAAAUGAGGUGACCGUAGAGCUGCGAAAGAUCAAACGAGAUGAACACCUACUGAAGAAAAGAAAUGUUCCAGCUGAGGAAAGUUUGGAAGACUCGGAUGUGGACUCAGACUUUAAAGGGUUAGGGCAAAAUCUAACACUUGACGCCAUCUUACAGAAUGCCCAAAGUGCCAAUCCAGUCAUCCAGCUCAGUGCUGUGCAGGCAGCCAGGAAGCUGCUCUCAAGUGACAGAAAUCCUCCCAUUGAUGACUUGAUAAAGUCUGGUAUCUUGCCUAUUUUAGUGAAAUGCCUGGAAGACAAUGACAAUCCGUCUCUUCAAUUUGAGGCAGCUUGGGCCCUGACCAACAUCGCUUCUGGGACAUCGUCACAGACUCAGGAUGUGGUUAAAGCUAAUGCGGUUCCGCCCUUCCUGCGAUUACUCAACUCUCCCCAUCAGAACGUAUGUGAACAGGCUGUAUGGGCUUUAGGAAACAUAAUCGGUGAUGGUCCCAAAUGCAGAGACUACGUCAUUUCUCUGGGGGUUGUCAAGCCUUUGCUUGAAUUCAUCAAUCCAUCAAUCCCAAUUACUUUUCUCCGAAACGUUACUUGGGUUAUUGUUAAUCUGUGCAGAAACAAGGAUCCACCACCACCCAUGGAAACAGUUCAGCAGAUUUUGCCUGCCCUUUGUGAGCUGAUAUACCAUACAGAUAUUAAUAUCUUAGUUGACACAGUGUGGGCUCUUUCCUACCUGACGGAUGGUGGUAAUGAGCAGAUCCAGAUGGUCAUAGAUUCGGGUGUUGUUCAGUAUCUUGUGCCUCUUCUCAGUAAUAAAGAGGUCAAAGUUCAGACUGCAGCUCUGAGGGCAGUUGGAAAUAUUGUGACCGGCACAGACGAGCAGACACAGGUUGUGCUGAAUUACGAUGUCCUCUCACACUUUCCUAAACUGCUCACACACCCAAAAGAAAAAAUUAACAAGGAGGCAGUUUGGUUCCUCUCCAACAUUACAGCCGGUAAUCAGCAGCAGGUUCAAGCUGUUAUUGAUGCUGGCCUAAUUCCCAUGAUUAUUGAGCAACUGGCUAAGGGAGACUUUGGCACCCAAAAAGAGGCAGCAUGGGCCAUCAGUAACCUUACAAUCAGUGGGCGGAAAGAGCAGGUGGAGUACCUGGUGGAUCAGGACGUCAUCCCUCCAUUUUGCAACCUGCUGUCAGUGAAGGACUCCCAGGUGGUGCAGGUCGUACUGGACGGUCUUAAGAAUAUCCUCAUUAUGGCGGGAGAUGCAGCCAGCACUAUCGCCGAGAUCAUUGAGGAGUGUGGAGGUCUGGGAAAAAUAGAAAAUCUGCAACAACAUGAGAAUGAGGACAUCUACAAACUAGCCUUUGAAAUUAUCGAUCAGUACUUUUCGGGAGAUGAUAUUGAUGAAGAUCCAAACGUGAUGCCUGAAACCACUCAAGGAGGAACCUACGCCUUUGACCCAGCUUCCAACAUGCAGACAAAGGAGUUCAACUUUUAAACACCAGGAUGUUUGGUCCAACCAUUUGCACGGGUACUCUCUGUAAGACAUUCAUCCAUAUUUUCCUCCGACCUGGCAACCUGGUACAGAAGGAUUUCCAUAGCUUCUCUUACCCACGGAAAUUCACCACUGAAGGAUUGACUUGUGUCCACCUUUGCAAAACCGGGAUGUCUGUCUUUUUAAAUCAACAAAGCAAACAAAAAACCAAACAGGAUGUAGAAGUUUGGAAAUGUAAUCUGGCAACCGACAUCAGGAGGAUUGUUGUUCAUAUCUUCUGCUUUUAAAAAUAUACACAUGAGGCGCAGAAGGAAAAAAAGCGUUCUCUGCAAGUAUUAAUUGCUACAUGUCAAGUCUUCACUGAACUCCAAAUGUCACAUAUACAGGCACAACACACACUUAACACUUUGGAAGAACUCGGUGUGCAUACUUCUGUUAGAAGCCAUCAUAUCACAUAUGGGGAAAAUACUGCUGUUUUGUUUUUUGUGGUUUUAUUUUGUGCUUUUCCUCUCUUGAAUUGUCCUGGUGUUUUCUCACUGACACAAAAUGCACACAAUCAUUCACGUAGUUGCACAGAUUGUUAAUGGCCAGGCACCUCGAUGACCCUCUUUUCCGAAUUCAAAGAGUUAAUCCCAGAGCAUAAGCCAUGAUUUAACCAUGGACCCACCCACCCCACUGGAGUCCCACGACAGUCCAGCGGGAAGCAAGUGGAUGCGAAAGGGCUCGAAAUGCAAAGGUUUUGUGGUGAACUGACAGACGGGACUCAUGACUCAAUGUCACUUUUUUAAGCAUGACAUUUGGUGACUUUUAGACUUUGUUGUUUAAAAAUGUGAUUUUAUUUUUUGUUCUUGCAAAAGGUGAUGGAAGUCCAUCUGGAUAAUGUCAAAUUUUAAGAGAAGAUUUUUGAGAAUUUCAAACUUUUUUUUUCCUACCACAGGACAAUGUUUAUUCAGUGUGAACUUGGUUUUAUCCUGUGACCGAGUGCCCUGUCCAGGCUCCCCUGUAAUGUGAAACUUGAAAAAGGGGGUGGGAGGGUUGGACAAAAAAAGAUGUUGAUCUGAUUGACCUCAACUUAUCUAAACUAAUUUCAAAUCAUUGGUUUUAAUUCACUGUUUAAUUUUAUGUUCUAGCUCUUUUUGGCUCAUUGUAUUUAUACAUAAAAAUAUUUAAAGCGACCCACAAUUAAUCGGUCCUGAAUCAUUUUAAAAUUGCAAGAUUCUUGUUUAAUUCAAAAUUUAUUCUCACAAUUAUACACACCACAUUUUGAGUUUGAGUUUGUGGAGCUUCCAUGUUUUUUUUUGUUCUGGUUUUAUGCACACGUCCGAGAGGCCUAUUGAUGUCUGCAGAAAGCGUCUUGUACUCAUCAAAGACUAAUGUAAUACAGAGUACAGGCCAGCCUUCUCUUUACCUAACGUUUUAAAGAAGAGGUCACAAUUUCAUCACCAGUAUGACUAAUGUAAAAAUGUGAUGUGUAUCUCUCCUUGCCAUCAAAGGAAUAUAUAAAUAUAUUUACAUAAAGCCUGUACAAAGCUGCUGCAGCGAUCAGUCAUUGGAUGGACAAUAAUCUUACUGACAACAAUGGCUGGGGAGGCUUUUUUGUUCAAGCAAUAUUUCUUGUUUUGUUUUCAUUUUUGACUUGCAUAUGUAUUGUGGUGAUAUGCUGAGAAGUCAAAAUGGGCUCUGAUUCCUAUUUGUUGUGGUGACGGGCUACUGAAAUGGCAUCGUCUCCAUUGGUUUAGGGUUUGAGGUGUCCAAAUAGGAGGUCAGCCCUCGCCCCAGUUCUGAAGACAUUCUGGUCCUCUUGUUGCCUGCUAACUACUGAGAAGAAGUAAGAAAUGGGAGGGGGAGGGGGGGAUUCGCUCUGUUUUUGGGACUAGCUGUUUAUAACUGAACAAAGUUAUAGAGAGGAUGUACAGUCAUUAAAUGGCAGACUAGGCCGAGCCACUUUAAAGAUUUACAAUUUUGUUGUCUUGUAUCUAAAUUGGAUACAAGCUUAUGUUUGUUGCAAGAUUUUUACUUGCUAAUGAAAAGUUGUUUUAAAUAAAUAAUAGGAGAAGAACAACAACAGACAGCGUUUUGGCCUCUGGUUGUUUAUAUCUUUUUAUAAAUUUUAGAUUGAAUUAUUCUCUUUAAGGUGGCUCAUUGAUGCUUUCAACUCUUGUGCAUAUUAAAGAUAAGAAUGAGUUGAAAAUCAUUGUGCCUUUUGUUUUUCAUUUUAUUAAAAUAGACAUUUCUUUAAGUAUCUGGACUACACUGAAAUGGGAGUUGUACAGUAAUCUAUGGUCUCCCUGUGCGGUGGAGGUUCACCAUGGGAAUGGUCUAUGCUGCUCUCUGCUGUUGAGGUCUUUCUCUUCUAAAAUAUUCACUGAACUUUGUAAAACACUUUUCUCUCACUCAUAACUCCAAACGCAACAGUUCUCAUCGCCAUGAUUCAGUCAGGAGAUUUGACAUUUCCUUUCAUAUCCUCAUCAGGACAUUAUUUGUCUCAUCUUAACCAUAAUAAACUUGCUGUUUAGCUGUUUGGUC